AUGGUUGAGACUUAUCCUGGCAAAGACAUGACGGGCCUGCCAAUAGUAGAGACUUAUCCUGGCAAAGACAUGACGGGCCUGCCAAUGGUAGAGACUUAUCCUGGCAAAGACAUGACGGGCCUGCCAAUGGUAGAGACUUAUCCUGGCAAAGACAUGACGGGCCUGCCAAUGGUAGAGACUUAUCCUGGCAAAGACAUGACGGGCCUGCCAAUGGUAGAGACUUAUCCUGGCAAAGACAUGACGGGCCUGCCAAUGGUAGAGACUUAUCCUGGCAAAGACAUGACGGGCCUGCCAAUGGUAGAGACGUAUCCUGGCAAAGAAAUGACGGGCCUGCCAAUGGUAGAGACUUAUCCUGGCAAAGACAUGACGGGCCUGCCAAUGGUAGAGACUUAUCCUGGCAAAGACAUGACGGGCCUGCCAAUGGUAGAGACUUAUCCUGGCAAAGACAUGAAAAGAGCGACACGGUCAGCAGAUCAUGCUUUGUGCUCCAACGGUUCCAAAAGAAUACGGAACAGAUAA